CAGGUGGCUGCCGUGCGCUGCUGCGUCUCCGUCCGGCAGAAUGGACCCGGACGCGCCCGUGCCUUCAGCAGCGACUCACUGAGUGUCCCGGAGACAAAGCUGCCCGCUCCGGGCUGGUCCCUGGAGCACCCACGAGGCCCAGCCCACAUGGGGGAGACAGGUAUGAAGCGACCACUGAGCCCCUCUGCCCUGGCCGAGACAGAGACCCCCACAUCUGGAGCUGCGGAGUGCCCGCCUGAGCCCCCAGAACCGAAGCCCAAGCGGGAACGGAAGAGGCCAUCGUACACGCUGUGUGACGUGUGCAAUAUCCAGCUUAACUCGGAGGCGCAGGCGCAGGUGCACUGCGGGGGCCGGGCACACCAGCGGCGGCUGCGGCAGCUCAGCCUGGGCAAGCCUUCCGCAGGGCCAGCAGGCCCAGCCUCCAGCACCCCCAGCCCCCUGCUGGCUUCCCUGCCCCUGCCCGCCAGUCCUCUGCAGCCCCCGCUGGACUUCAAGCACUUGCUCGCCUUCCACCUCAAUGGCAACGCCCCACUCAGUCUCUUCCCCAACUUCAGCACGAUGGACCCGGUCCAGAAAGCUGUCAUCAGCCACACAUUUGGGGUCCCCUCCCCUCUGAAGAAGAAGCUCUUCAUCUCCUGUAACAUCUGUCAUCUGAGGUUCAACUCGGCGAACCAGGCAGAAGCACAUUAUAAAGGCCACAAACAUGCUCGCAAGCUCAAAGCGGCAGAAGCUGCCAAGAACAAGCAGAAACCACCAGACCUGGCCCGGGAGGAGGUUCCGGGUUCCCCAACCCCGGUUCCCACUAGCGGAGCCUCUGAAGAGCCACAGAGCAAAGCAGUUCCUGCAGCGCCCCCUGCCGGCCCCCCAGCACAGCCGCCACUGACUCCGGACCCCGCACCUGGGGAGCCCGCCCAGCCAGACUCCCUGGACGCUGCCUCCUCUUCCUCUUCCUCCUCCUGCCCUCCCUGCUCCCCCGAGCCUGGGACGGAGGAGCCGGCAGGGGCUGCUUCAGGGAGCGGGGACGGCAGAAGCGAGAAGGGGCCCCUCUACUGCCCCACGUGUAAGGUGACCGUGAACUCCGCCUCCCAGCUCCAGGCUCACAACACAGGAGCCAGACACCGGUGGAUGGUGGAAGGCCAGCGGGGAGCUCCCCGAAGGAGCCGGGGCCGCCCAGCAUCCCGCGGCGGAGCUGGACAAAAGGCCAGGAGAGCGGCAGGGGGCCGGGGGGGCCGGCAGGGGCCCAGCCCCCCCUUUCACUGUGCUCUCUGCCAGCUCCAGGUCAAUUCUGAGACCCAACUCAAGCAGCACCUGAACAGCAGAAGGCACAAAGACCGCCUGGCUGGGAAGCCACCCAAGGCCUGCGGCCAGCACAGCAAGCUGCAGAAGCAGGCGGCGCUGGCUGUGAGUAUCCUCAAGUCGAAACUGGCCUUGCAGAAGCAGCUCACCAAGACGCUGGCUGCCCGCUUCCUGCCCAGCCCGCUCCCCGCCACUGCCGCGGCCCUCUGUGCCCUGCCCGGGCCCCUGGCCCUGCGACCCGCCGCCGCCACCACGCUCUUCCCGACGCCCAUCCUGGGCCCCGCUCUGUUCCGUACGCCUGUGGGAGCUGUCCGCCCGGCAGGGCCCAUCCUCUUCGCUCCCUACUAG